UGCUUCUUGCGUCACUCUGUCAGAUUGCCGGCAGAAACGAAAGUAAAAACAAGCGCUUGCUUUCUCUCUGCUCUGUCAUUGAAAGCACAGCUGAGCAUAUCUUCCACAGCCAUGGAGCAAGCCGACAUAGACGAGGGCUUAUAUUCACGGCAGCUGUAUGUCCUGGGCCAUGAUGCAAUGCGGCGCAUGGGAGAGGCAAAUGUCCUUAUAUGUGGGAUGAGAGGUCUCGGGGUGGAGGUGGCCAAGAACGUAAUUCUGGCUGGAGUUGGUUCAGUGACCAUCCACGACGAGGGGACGACCGAAUGGGGAGACCUGUCCUCUCAGUUUUACCUAAAAGAGAGUGACCUGGGGAAGAACCGGGCAGUUUGCUGUGAAAAACACCUUGCCCGCUUAAAUAGCAAUGUUCGACUUUCCGCCCAUACUGUAACCCUAAAUAAGGACUUUCUGCACAAAUUCCAGGUAGUGGUUCUCACAGAUUCCUCAUUAGAAGAGCAGCUUUCAGUGGCUGCAUUCUGCCACUCCAACAACAUCAGAUUUAUUUUGGCUGACACCAAAGGACUUUGUGGACAGUUGUUCUGUGACUUUGGAGAAAAGUUUCUGGUCAAAGACACUGAUGGGGAGCCGCCAAGUGUGUCCAUGAUUGCUCAUAUCUCCAAGGGAAAUCCAGGUAUAGUCACAUGCACAGACGACCAGGGCACCUUCACCGAUGGCAUGCGUGUUGUCUUCUCCGGGGUUCAGGGCAUGACGGAGCUCAACAGCUCUGGGCCUAUUGAAAUCAAAAUGAUAGACAGCUACUCCUUCAGUAUUUGUGACACCUCGAAUUUCUCUGAAUAUGAGAAGGGUGGAGUGGCAACUGAAGUCAAAGAAACGAAGACACUUAGUUUUAUACCUCUAGAUGCUGCUGUGGAGGAAGUGAUGCAAGAUCCUGAGCUACUGGUGCUCACUGAUUAUGGAAAAGUUCAGAGAAAUCAAUCUCUUCACCUGGGCUUCCGAGCACUGCAGGAGUUCCAGCGGAAAUACAGUCGACUGCCCAAACCCAGGAACCAGGGGGAUGCUGAGCUACUGCUUGCCAUGGCGAGGCAGCUCAGUGCAGCUGCACGAUUUGACGAGUUUGACGAGGAAGUCGUGAGGAAACUGUCUCUUUGUGCCAGGGGCAAUUUGGCUCCCAUCAAUGCUUUCAUUGGAGGACUGGCUGCCCAGGAGGUGAUGAAGGCUUGCAGUGGUAAGUUCACUCCACUCAAACAGUGGCUCUACUUUGAUGCUCUGGAGUGCCUUCCUGAGCAGGAGGACAGUGACAGAGGACUGACAGAAGAAGCCUGUGCUCCAAGAGACAGUCGCUAUGACGGUCAGAUUGCUGUGUUCGGCUCUGAUUUCCAAGAGAAACUGAAGAAACAGAGAUAUUUUCUGGUGGGUGCUGGUGCCAUUGGCUGUGAGCUUCUGAAAAACUUUGCCCUGAUUGGCCUUGGUGCUGGAGAGGGCGGGCACAUCACAGUGACAGACAUGGAUUCGAUCGAGAGGUCCAAUCUGAAUCGUCAAUUCCUGUUUAGGUCAGAGGAUAUUGGGAAGCAGAAAUCAGAGGUGGCAGCUGAGGCUGUGCGUAAAAUAAAUCCCAGUAUGAAUAUCACAUCUCACCAGAACCGUGUGUGUCAGGAGAGCGAGGGCAUCUACACACACCAGUUCUACAGCAGCCUGGAUGGAGUGGCAGCAGCUCUGGAUAAUGUGGAAGCCCGAGUGUAUCUGGAUGAGCGCUGUGUGCAGUACCAAAAACCCAUGUUAGAGGGGGGGACUCUGGGUGGUAAAGGUCAUACUCUGGUGGUGGUUCCACACCUGACUGAAUCCUAUGGACCAGCACCGUCUUCAGGACAGAACGCUAUUCCACUGUGCACACUGAAGCACUUCCCUCAUCGCAUAGAACACACUCUGCAGUGGGCCAGAGAGCAAUUCGAGGGCCUUUUCAAGCACACACCAGAGAAUGUGAACCAGUAUCUAAGCGAUGCUGAAUUCUGGGCUCGUACUGUUGACCGAGGGGAGGCCGAGGCUGUCGAGGUGGUGGAGGCAGUGUAUAGACGUCUGAAGGACCGACCCAAUGACUGGCAGGAUUGUGUGACCUGGGCUCGUUUGCAGUGGGAGAACUUUUACAACAAUGACAUCGCACAGCUGCUCCACUGCUUCCCUCCUGACCAUGUAACAAGCUCAGAUCUGCCUUUCUGGAUGGGAGCUAAAAGAUGUCCUCACCCCUUAACUUUUGACACAGCCAAUACCACCCAUAUGGAUUUUAUUGUGGCCUCCGCUAACUUAUAUGGGCAGAUCUAUGGGAUUAAGGGAUCAACAGACCAUGAUGACAUGAUGAAGAUCCUGGAAGGAGUGCAUGUGCCUGCGUUUCACCCAAAAUCCAGUGUGACGAUCGCAGUGAUGGACGAGGACCUGAAGGAAAGCAUGGAGGAGCGAAAGGACGAGGACAAAGCCAAGCUGGAUGAGCUAAAGCAGAAACUGUCAAGCUUCCAGCCAGCCAGCCAGACGUCUCAGAUGUUCCCACUAGAAUUUGAAAAGGAUGAUGACAGUAAUUUCCACAUGGACUUUAUAGUGGCAGCGUCUAACCUGAGGGCAGAGAAUUAUGACAUACCAGCAGCAGAUCGGCACAAGAGCAAGCUCAUUGCCGGUCGCAUCAUCCCUGCUAUUGCCACAACCACAGCAGCAACAUCAGGCCUCAUGUGUCUGGAACUGUAUAAGCUGGUGCAGGGCCACCAGCAAAUCAGCUCGUUCCGUAGUUCAUUCAUUAACCUGGCAGCCAGUUACUACAUCAUGUUACAGCCGUGCAAGGAUCCAAGGUUCACAGUUGCAGGGAAAGAGUACUCCCUUUGGGAUGAGCUCCUGGUGCGGGGAAGAAAAGAAGGACAGGAGGAAAUGACAGUGGAAGAGCUGCUGAAACACGUCAAGGAAAACUAUAACUUGACCAUCACGGCUCUGUUUUACGGAUCUGCAGUGUUGUAUGCUGAUUACUCCAAUCAUGCAGAUCGACUUAAAAAGAGAGUGUCAGACGUUGUCCAGAUGGUCACCAAGACUGAGAUUCCAGCUCACAAGCAGAUGCUGGAGAUCAUUCCAUCUUUUGCUGAAGAUGAGGACUGUGAGAAGGUUCCACCAGUUAGGUACCUCUUUAGAUGAAGUUAGCAAGAUGGGAAAGAAAAAUAAAAUCUGCAAUAUUUACUGUCAGCUUUAUCAUAUUGUUAUAGUCUCUUUAAUUAGCUUUUUACAAUGUUUGCUCUAUGAUUUUUCGGAUUUUUUUCCGAAUAUACACUCACCGUACACUUUAAUAGGAACACCUGUACACCUGAUGAUUCAUGCAGUUAUCUAAUCAGCCAAUCAUGUUGCAGCAUCACAAUGCAUAAAAUCAUGCACAUACAGGUCGAGCUUCAGUUAAUGUUCACAUCAGGAUCUAAUAUUCUCGGUAACAUAUCGUAUGUUGAGUCAAAGAUAGUCAUCAAAUACAGAAAUUUAAAUUAAAAAAGAUUUAUUGACAGGAAUCAGAUAACUGUUGACUGCUUUGUAUGUCCUCUACCUUGUGAGACAAUGUGACACUGCCACUAUUCACCCCAGCCUUUUGUUAUGCACCACUGAACACACACUGCUAUCAGCUUAUCACAUUAACACAAUCUAAAGACAAUAAAGAAUACUCUAAUCUUG